UAUAUAAGGAGGGGCAGAAGGCAUGCGCGGGCUCACUGAAGGAGUUGUAAAAUGGCCGCCUGUGAUUUCGAAAGUGGGGUACCGCCGCCCUUGAGGCCGCAGAGCUUUCUGUUCGGAUGUGAGCUCAAAACUGGUCACAAAGAAUACAAGAUGGAAGUGGAAGACGACGAGUCUGAGCAUCAGCUGUCUUUGAGGACGGUUUGUCUUGGUGUUGGCGCAAGUGAUGAUCUGCAUCUGGUCGAAGCAGAAGGUUUAAACUCUGAAGGCAAGAACACAAGGGUGACUUUGGCAGCUUUGAAGUUGUCAGUGCAGCCUACAGUUAGUUUGGGAGGAUUUGAAAUGACACCGCCUGUAACAUUCAGGCUCAAAUCUGGAGCAGGUCCUGUAUACAUCAGUGGCCAGCACCUCAUCGCAUUGGAUGAAGAAGAUUUGGAAUCAGAUGAUUUAGAAUCUGACGAGGAUGACAGCAUGUUGAAGAACACCCUGAAGCAGGCAGUAAAACGACCAGCUGCUGGUGAGGCCAAAAUAAUGCAGAAGAAAAUGAAAGUGGAAGAUGCUGAUGAAGAUGAUGAAGAGGAGGAUGAAGAGGAUGAUGAUGAGUAUGAGGAUGAUGACUAUGACGACAACGAUGAGGAGGAACUGGUGACCACAGCAAAAAAGCCUCUUGAGAAAACUCUUCUGAAGGCUACCCCUAGAUUGAAAGGGACUCCCAAGCAAAACGGCAAAACACCCACCAAAACUGCAUCAGCUAACAAGCAGCCAAAGACUCCAGAAUCGAGCAGUAAACCCAAAACACCCAAAACCCCAAAGGCCCCACUGAGCACAGAAGACAUCAAGACCAAGUUGAAGACCACCUUGGAAAAAGGCAUUGGUCUGCCCAGACUGGAGUCCAAGUUUAUAAACUAUGUGAAAAAUGGCUUCAGGGUGGAAGACCCAAAGAUCAUCAAAGAUCUCUGGGCAUGGAGACAGACGAUCGAUGGGAAGUAGGAAAAUGUUUUGUACCUGCAAAAAUGUGUUUACAUGCAGCAGUCAUUGUAAAUAAACCAACAUGUUUUAUAA